CUUUCAAGUGUGAAAAAUGACCUAUGAAUUGUAAUAUUAGCACGACCACUUCUGUUCGAACGUGUUACAAUCGUUCGAUAUAUUUUAUCAAUAGUGAUGUUCUUAGUCACCUUUCGACAUCAAUGGGGACAAUAUUCUGAGUUCAGAAUAAUAUUAUUACGGUAGACGAUUUUCGUAAACCCACGCGUCACGGAUUCAAAUCGUAACGGUCAGCACUUGUACAAUCCAAAACGUAUCGAAAAUGGGCCGAAGAAAGAGUAAACGACAAGCUCCGCAGAAAAGAAAAGCCAUCGAGCCGAUGGACGUACAAUUUACGUGUCCAUUUUGUAACCAUGAGAAAUCCUGCGAAGUUAAGAUGGAUAAGAGCCGAAACACAGCGAGAAUUGCGUGUCGAGUUUGUUUAGAAGAUUAUCAAACCACCGUUAACGUGUUAUCGGAACCGAUCGACGUCUACAACGAUUGGAUCGACGCGUGCGAUGCCAUUAAUUGAUCCUUCCAAUUGUCAUAAUUUGACACGACGAAAAUUUAACGUGCCUUUUUAACUAAGUGACUAAUCUCGAGAUUUCCAAUUAAUGUUAAGUACAAAUAACAUUAGAAAAAUUAUUCGACGAAACGAUAUUUUCGCUAUGACUUAUUGUUUGUCAGAAUUGUAUACAUAAGAUGUUACAUAUGUAUACGCACGUAACAUGCAACAUGUGUUAUUUAUCAUCCACCUUGGGCACACAGUGUAUUUAUCAGUCCCUAUAUAUUUUUAAACAAAUAAUAAAAAUGUAUGAGCAGAAAAAGAAGAAUUUGGGUUUUUUUAAUACCUAUGUAUAACCACCCUACGUCGACGUU